AUGGAGUUCAAGGUGGGAUUUAUAUUUGCAUUGAUCUGCAUUGUUGUGGCUGGUGUUGGAGGCCAGUCUCCGGCGGCUGCACCCGCUAAAGCUCCGGCAGCGGCUAAGGUUUCUACCCCGCCUGCUGCUGCGCCUACAAAGCAUAAAUCUUCAGCUCCAGUGGCGGCUCCUACUUCAACUCCUCCGGCUUCAGCUCCUGUAAGUUCUCCACCGACAGUUUCUACUCCGGCUCCUGUUAGUUCUCCACCGAAAGCUUCCACCCCGGCUCCUGUAAGUUCCCCACCGACUGUUUCCACACCGGCUCCAGUGAGCUCGCCUCCUGCUCCAGAGCCAGUCAGCUCACCACCAGCGGCUGCUCAGUCUCCACCAUCUCCGGCUCCCGAGGGGGCAACACCUCCAGCUCCAGCUUCUGCGCCCCCGAGUGAGACCCCGGCUAAGGCUCCGGCUCACAGCAAGAAGAAGAGCAAGAAGCACACUUCACCUGCUCCGGCUCCAGGGCUGAUGAGCCCACCUGCACCUCCAACCGAAGCCCCCGGACCUAGCGCCGAUUCCAUCUCCCCAAGUCCUACUUCAGUUGCCGAUGCGAGUGGAGCAGAGAAAUUGAUGAUGUUGCAGGGAAGUUUGGUGUUGGGAGGGGCCGUGUUUGGCUGGCUCCUCUUCUAG